AUGGAGAGGGGCGGGGCGACGCGAGGCAGCGCGAGUGGACUGGACGGGGCGGGGCGGGGCGGGACGGGGCGGGGCGGGGCGGGGCCCGGGCGGUCACGUCGGCUUUGCCUGGCAGCAGGCUUGAUGCAGCAUCAAGUGGCCAUCGUCACCGGCGGGGGUACGGGCAUCGGAAAGGCCAUCGCGACCGAGCUCCUGCAUCUAGGGUUUAAUGUGGUCAUUGCAUCCCGUGAGUCUGAUAGAUUAAAAUCUGCCGCAGAUGAACUGAAGGCCUGUCUGCCUCCUACCAGCCAGGCUCAAGUCACUCCCAUAAAAUGCAACAUCUGUAAUGACAAGGAGGAUUCAAGAUACAGACCUGUAACUUCAGAUGCGUUUACUCGGGAAUGUGAAACAGCCCAAAAUGAGGAGUAUCUGAUGUUUCGUAUACAUGUGUGUGCUUCCGUCUCCACCUUGGUGUGCUUCCUGCUAUCUCCUGCAGCUUCCUUUAUCACCGGACACUUGGUGGAUGUGGAUGGGGGCCAGUCUCUGUACACACACUCAUUUGAGAUACCAGAUCAUGACAACUGGCCCGAGGGAGUAGGGGACCUUUCUUUUGUCAAAAGGAUUAAAGAGUCUUCUAAGCAAAGAGGCAAGCUCUUGGCUAAGGAAACAUGGAAGUGUCCUUUGUCCCCAAAUACCUUAACAUCUCAACAAUGCACUUCUAUACUUUACAGGAACAUAUAAUCUGUAUGGAAAACUUACAUUCUGAUUUUUUAAUGUUAUCAAUUACAUCUAUGCAAAAACUAUUCCUGAAAUAAAUGCAUUUUUAAGUCCCAACCAAUGCCCUUUAGCUUGUGAUCAAAAAAAUUUUUAGGAAUGGAAGUUAACAUACUUUAUGAUUAUACUUUUUAUUUCUAAGAAUGGUAUUUGAAAAGUGAAAUAUUUCAAUUUAAUGGUAGGGGUAUCAUGAUCUCCCAAAAGGAUUUAAUAUUUAAUUGUAAAGGUAGGCAGUAAAUCUAAAUUGUGGCAUCAUUAUGAUUUUUACAACAGAAAUAUACAAAGAAUCAUUUUUGGUGGCAGAUAUAAUG